GCUAGUUGUGCCGUUACCAUCAUCGAAAUGUGGUUUAUGGUAUUUGAUACCAAGAAUACUGCUUAAAUAAUGGCAAUGCUUUGGAAACGACCAAUGAGAGUUCUUGUUAAUAUUCUUCGAAAUAUUGGCCUCUAUAAAGCGAGAGAUUCAUUAUUGAAUAAUGUUUAUAAAGAAACUACAAAUUGUGCUUCUGGACCUGAAGGAUCGACGCGGCAAACACUGACAAUCAUAUUUCUUUGUAUUCUGUGGUACGUGGUGUCUAGCAGCAAUAACGUUAUAGGAAAAAUGAUUUUAAGCGAUUUUCCAUUCCCGUUAACGGUGACAAUGAUCCAGCUUACAAGCAUCUCCUUAUACAGUGGACCGUUUUUUAAUUUAUGGCGUGUUAGGAAGUAUGUAAACAUGCCUUGGCGUUACUACUUCACGUUCAUAAUCCCACUUGCGUUUGGUAAAUUCCUCGCCUCCGUAACUUCUCAUAUAUCAAUUUGGAAAGUUCCUGUCUCGUAUGCACAUACAGUCAAAGCAACUAUGCCGUUGUUUACUGUCAUACUUUCUCGGAUUAUUUUACGCGAGCGCCAGGCAAAAGCAGUCUAUCUGUCCUUGGUACCCAUCAUAGUUGGAGUCGGUAUUGCUACACUGACAGAACUAUCCUUCGAUAUAAUUGGUUUGAUAAGUGCACUUAUUGCUACAAUGGGUUUUUCGUUACAAAAUAUUUUUUCUAAAAAAGUUUUAAAAGAGACUGGUGUUCACCAUUUGCGGCUGUUACACAUUCUUGGUCGAUUAGCGUUGUUCAUGUUCCUACCCAUUUGGUUCUACAUCGAUUUAUUCAAAGUAAUGAAACAUCCCACAAUUAUGUCAGGAGAUUACAAAAUAAUUGCACUUCUGUUUACGGAUGGCGUGCUAAACUGGCUACAAAAUAUUCUUGCCUUCAGCGUACUUUCCUUAGUGACACCUUUAACCUAUGCGGUGGCCAGUGCCAGCAAGCGUAUCUUUGUUAUUGUUAUCUCAUUGUUUGUUUUGGGCAACCCCGUAACGUGGCUAAAUAUUUUCGGAAUGUUAGUGGCAAUAUUAGGUGUUCUUUGUUAUAAUAGGGCAAAAUAUUUUGCUCGACACGGUGAUACUAUUUUGCCGAUGAUGUACAAUCCAAAUGAAAUCCCAAUUGGAACAAAACCUGUGACUACAAACAACACAAUGUCUUAUCAGAAUUAUCAGAAGGCACAUAUAAGUAAGCAUGGUGGGGACAUCUCGUUACCCAAUAAUGUAUUAAAUCUAAAACCUACAGACGCAGUGACAAUUUCCGAUCAUGAGUCGUUACCAUUGGCCCCUGCAACAUUAAUCACAGUCUCGCCUAGCAAUUCAAAUCGAAAGCUUUUAUUCGUUUAAAUUCAGCUUCGAAGUAUAAAUGCGGAAAUAUCACUACGUGAGAGAAAAGCAGUGGUAUUCAAAAUCAA